AGAUCAGCAACUUGAGUGAAAAAGAUAUCCUUGUUCUGCGUCUUGACUUGACUGACAGAAGCUCUCAUGAAGCUGCAACCAACAGUGUUCUUAAGCAUUUUGGCAAGAUUGAUGUUUUGGUCAACAACGGUGGACGUUCCCAGCGCUCUCUGUUUGUGGAUACAAACCUGGAUGUCUACACUGCCAUAAUAGAACUCAACUACCUAGGUACCAUCUCUUUAACAAAACAUGUCCUGAAUCACAUGAUCCAAAGGAAAAAAGGAAAGAUUGUUACUGUGAGCAGUGUGAUGGGUAUCAUGGGAGCUCCUCUUGCCUCUGGGUACUGUGCCAGCAAGCACGCUCUGCAGGGUUUUUUUAAUUCUCUUCGGACCGAGCUGACUGACUACCCUGAGAUAAGUAUUAUCAACAUAUGCCCAGGGCCUGUACAGUCGAAGAUUAUACAAAAUGUCUUCACAGAGAAUCUUGCCAAGUCCCUAGAGAACAGUGGUGACCAGUCCCACAAGAUGCCAACUGACCGCUGUGUCCGGCUCACCCUGGUGAGCACAGCCAACGACCUGAAGGAGGCUUGGAUCAGCGACCACCCCUACCUGGCCGUUUGCUACCUCUGGCAGUACGCACCCACCUGGGCUUGGUGGCUGAUGAACAGGAUGGGCAAGAGGAGGAUACAGAACUUCAAGAGCGGAGUGGAUGCUGAUGCCUCUUACUCACGAAAGAAGAAAUAAGGCCAGACGUACAAAGUGGUGCCUGUGCUAAGGCUGAGAAACUUUUUUCAUAUUGCAUGACUGCAAAGAAAAGCUUUUUUUAUCUGUUGUACCUUUGUCAU